AUGGUUUUGAUGUCUAAAAGAAAAAAUCCAAAAAUAUUUAUUGAUAGUUUUAGAAAAGCAGAGUUAUUUGAUGAAGAUUUUCAUUUAAAAGAAUUUAUUAAAGAACAUGGAUUCCAUGUUCCAUAA